AAAAGCAGCAGCAGCCAUGGGGCAGGAUUACUACUCGGUGCUGGAAAUUACUCGCGGUGCGGGGGACGCCGACAUUAAAAAGGCGUUUCGCAGGUUGGCCCUGAAGUUUCAUCCUCUGAAGAACAAGGAACCCUCCGCCCCACACAGAUUCAGACAAAUUGCAGAAGCCUAUGAUGUGCUCAGUGACUUGAGUAAAAAAGCCACCUAUGAUAAAUUUGGAGAGGAAGGACUGAAGGGCGGCGUCCCCCUUGAGUUCGGAGGAGAGGAGGCUUGGACUUCUGGCUAUGUGUUUCAUGGGAACCCGGAUAGAACCUUCAACGAAUUCUUCGGAGGAGACAAUCCCUUUGCAGAUUUCUUCUCACCCGAUGGCUCCGAUGUGAACACUGGAUUUGGGGGUCUGCGGGGGAGAGGGGCAAAAACCCAAGACCCACCCAUCGAGCGGGAUCUCUACCUCUCACUGGAGGAUUUAUUCUUUGGUUGCACUAAGAAGAUCAAGAUAUCACGCAGGGUAAUGAACGACGACGGACUCACCUCCAGCAUCCGGGACAAGAUCCUAUCGAUAGACGUGCGGCCGGGCUGGAGAGAAGGCACUAAAAUUACUUUCCAAAAUGAAGGAGAUCAGGGUCCCAACAUUAUUCCGGCAGACAUCAUAUUCCUUGUCAAGGAGAAGCCUCACCCCAGAUUUAGAAGGCAAGGCAACGAUUUGAUCUACACGGCAAACAUCCAACUGGGAAAGGCGCUGACAGGCUGCACGGUGGAAGUGGAGACUUUGGACGAGAGACUGUUAAAUAUUCCUAUUAAUGAUAUUGUUCACCCCACGUACCACAAAGUGGUCCCAGGAGAAGGAAUGCGUCUGCCCAAGGAGCCCAAUGUGAAAGGAGAUCUCAUCAUCCAGUUCCACAUCCAUUUCCCUGAGCACUUGACUCCACACAAGAAGCAGCUGCUACGCAAGGCUCUCCUGGUAUAACCUGCGCUUUCCUCAUCCGCAUCUUGUCCCCUCUGUGCUCAACCCCAUCUUGUAUUUCAAUAAAGAUUCUUGGUAAGAA